GAUUCUGCUUUUACUUUCAAUCCCAGAAUUUAUCCAAGUAAUUCUUGAACUCUAUUAAAGUACAUCCAUAAUUUUCCUGUAAUUUUCUACUAAAGGAAAGCUGUCUGCAACAGUAACUCUUUGUCUUGGGCUUUUUCGAGAUAGAGUUGCUUGAUUUUGGUGUACAUGGCUGUAGUACCAGUAUGCUACAAAAUGCCAUAUAAAAAUCAUCUUCUUACUUCUCAACAUUCAGUAAGACAGCAUGAGAGAAGUCUUGUGUGUUUAUGUUUAGCCUUUCCACAAGGCUGUAUUUUCAGUGAUACACGGAAAAGUUGGCAAGUCAUAUGCCCCACUGCUGAUAUUUUAUUGAAAAGAAAGAUGGGAGGACUGAAUGCCUCUAAAGGAGCAUUUCUCAACCAAGGCACUUCUAAUGUUCAGAACAUGACUGAAGCAUCCGCCGUACUUAGAGUCUGGAGCAUGAAAGGAGAAAAUUCCAGCAUGGGUUCGCAUGCAUCAAAGACUAGUAUUAAUGAGAAGCAAUUGAGGUUGCUAGAUUCUUAUUUUGGAAAACUCCAAGGUGAUGCAAAUCAGCCUUCUACAGAUUCUUCUGAUGAGACAACGAAGUUAGGAAAUAAAAGCAAAGAAAUCAACCCCACAGAGGAACUGCAAUCUCUUAAUUCUUAUCUUGACAAACUUAGCAAAGAUUCAAACUUGGAAAAUUAUGUAUCAUCAACUUCUGAUGAUCUAACUACUGAAUCAGAAAAACUGGUCUCAGUCUAUGAAGAUUCUAAAAGAGGUGAGGAGGAGAAGCCGAAAAGUUUUGUUAAGUUGAGAGAGAAGGAUGCCAAUAGGGGUUUAAGAAGGUCUCAGGCCUUGCAGCAAAAUGAUGAAACCUCUGAUCUGUACUUAACGAGUAUUUUGGUUUCUAUAAAUAUCGCUGUUUUUCUGUUUGAACUAGCGAGUCCAGUUAGAAAUUCCGAGUUUGAGCUAUUCACUCUCCCAUUAUUAUAUGGAGCAAAGAUAAAUGAUCUGAUCCUGGUUGGAGAAUGGUGGAGGCUACUGACACCAAUGUUUCUGCACUCAGGAGUGUUUCAUAUGGCUCUUGGAUGCUGGUCACUUCUUACUUUUGGACCUCAAGUUAGCCGAGGUUACGGUUCAUUUACGUUUGUCUUGAUCUUCAUACUUGGAGGAAUUUCUGGCAACUUGACAAGCUUCCUCCACACACCAGAGCCAACUGUUGGUGGAACAGGACCUAUAUUUGCCAUAAUUGGAGCUUGGCUUGUUUUUCAAAUGCAAAAUAAAGAUGUAAUUGCGAAGGAUAUUUCAGAGAGUAUGUUCCAGAAGGCAAUAAUCAUAACUGGUCUCAGCUUCAUAUUGAGCCAUUUCGAACCGAUCGAUGACUGGACACAUUUAGGAGCAACCUUAACAGGGAUAGUCUAUGGAUAUUUCACUUGCCCUACACUGCAACUGGAUAAUGCAUCUUCAAGAAGUGGUCAAGAUGAAGGCGUUGCAUUCGUUAGAGGAUAUGCUAAUUCUUGUAAAUCACUCAUUUUGUUUGCUGUCCUCAUUGUCCUUUUAAUUUCUUUACUUUUCUUUAUUGAACCUCCUCUAGACACUUUAGAGCCUGAUGACUUGGCAUGGUUUUGGAAACAGGAUGCAAUACCUUAGAAAUGGCUGCGGGUCACAUAUGAUCUAUAUGUAGGAAACAAACACAAAUAUUUGUAUACACAUAAUAUAAUUAUAUCCUUCUGUUAUCCCUCAA